AAGCGAAGGUCAAGGCGGGGCAUUGUGUUGGGUCUCUGACCUGAUAACUGUUACUCUUUCCGUCCAUCAACCGGAUAUCAAGCAAAAAGUUCUGUGAGACCGACUUCUGCUCCAAAUUCACAUAGUUCAGUCCAAGGAGUCGUCGUGAUGCCAGCCGAUUACGAAACAUAUUCGCUUGGCGACUUCAAGCUCAAGAGUGGAGGCACGAUCCCAGACGCCCACAUCGCUUACAAGACCUUUGGUGAAUCCAGCAAGCCGGCUAUCGUCUAUCCAUCCUGGUAUUCCGGUGCAAUUGGUGACAACGAAUGGCUCAUUGGCACCGAUAAGUGCUUGAACCCGGACAAGUAUUUCAUCAUCAUCACCGCGCUAUUCGGCAAUGGUCAAUCCUCAUCGCCGAGCAACAAGCCAGAGCUGAGACCGUUUCCGAAUGUGCUGUUUUACGACAAUGUCCGCGCUCAACAUGAGCUUGUAACAAAGAAACUUGGCGUCCAGCAUGCGCGAGCUGUCCUUGGCUGGAGCAUGGGAGCUGGUCAAACGUAUCAAUGGGCGACGCAGUUCCCGGAUUUCAUGGAUCUUGUCGUCCCAUUCUGUGGGUCCGCAAAGACUUCGCUGCACAACCAGGUCUUCCUGGAGUCAGUGAAGAGCGCAAUACUGGCCGCGAAAGGCGCAUCGUCUGCCGGAGUCUGCAAAGGCGAAGCAAUCCAGGGAGGAUACCGCGGUUGGUCCGACGAAGAGCGUACUGUGGGGUUGAAGGCCCUUGGUCGUGUUUACGCAGGCUGGGGUUUCAGCCAAGCCUUUUAUAGAGAGAAGCUGUACGAGUCAGUGCUCGGCUUCAAGGAUUUGGAAGACUUUAUGGUGAAUUUCUGGGAGGCGUGGGCCCUCUCAAAAAGCAAGACACCGUAUCGCCAUCCGGAGAACAUGCUCGUUAUGCUGCACACUUGGCAGGCCGGAGAUUGCUCGGCGCAGGAACCCUACAAUGGCGACUUCGAGGCUGCUAUGAAGGGCAUCAAAGCCAAAGCGUUUGUGCUACCGAGCAAGACAGACUUGUACUUCCCUCCUGAAGACUCGGAAAAUGAAGUGGCACAUAUGAGCUCAGGCAUUGGCCUUUGCAUGGCUUUCCCGUCGAUCUGGGGACACUGGGCCGGUGGUCCUGGUCAAAGCACGGAGGACGUUAAGUGGCUGGACAGUAAGCUUCGUUGGUUCAUCGACCGCCAAUGAGUUGGUAGCACGCGCUUGAGGGACGUUGGCAGGCGACAUGUACGGAGUGGUAGGGGCAGAUGAGGUACGAAACGGUGAGAGUACAACGGGACAAAAUCGCGCCAAGCUUGCAUUGAACGCGUAUGCCAUGUUCGGGCUAGCUUAACGUCCAUGCUUACCUAAAUCGUGCCUCUUCACGUGCUCUCUUCCGCAAAGCAGAAAUCCC